AUGGCGCCCCGGUCGGUCUCACAGACCAGCCCUGGAAGUCAAAGGCACCUGACCGCGAUCCUCCCGCUGUACCCAUCGUACCCAGCAAGGGCGACUUCUCUUGGUCUCGCAUCCGCUUCCGACCAUAAGUUUACGAAGGCCACGGUGGGCUGGAUUGCAUUGUGGGAUGAGCGAAUGCGUACAGGCGCUCACAUGGACAUUGGCAGCGCCACGGACAACAAUGGUAGGGGGAGGCGGGUUGCCCUGCACCUGACAGUACACGACACGCGGGAGGAUGGCUCCGAUGUGGUAGCGCCGGGAUCCACCCUCCGAGUCGAUACGGCAGGUGACUUCGAGCGAGUCGGAACGCUCUGGCAAGGAUGCCUUCAUACCGCGCCGAUCCGCCCCGUCGUCGGUCUCAUUUGCAGCCUCCUGCGCAUACGCACGGCAAAGACAUGGUGA